UCCUGGAGACAUUAGCUGCAGAAAAGGAGGAAUGCAGCAGCAGCAGCAGCAGCGACGGACUUCUGGGGAGAUGAAUGAGGAGAAAGAGGAUGUGUUGCUGGAGCUGGAGGAUGAUGACGAGGAAGAAGAGGGGGAGGAAGAAGAUGGGGAGAUGGUCUUGGAAGAAGUGGAACAAGAUGUCAUUCAGUGCUAUGGAACAAUGCCCAACCAGCAACCACUGCAUAAGCCAGAAUGGGCAGAGUUUAAUCUGAAGCCUGACUCCCUCUACUUUAAUGAUGGCCAAAGAAGAAUCGACUUUGUUUUAGCAUAUGAAGAUGAGAGCAAAAAAGAACAUAAGAGGAGCUUUCAUAAAAAGCAAAUGAGGAAGAGGCUAGCAUAUGAAUCUAACUUGAUAAACCGUGGUUUGCAGCUUGAAGCAACAAGGUCGGUCGUGGAUGAAAAGCUUAUAUUUGUAAAAGUGCACGCACCUUGGGAACUGCUGUGCAGCUUCGCUGAAAUUAUGCACAUCAAAUUGCCCCUGCAACCCAAUGACCUGAAAACCCGUGACUCACCAUUUAAGUGGAUUAGCAGGUUCUUCAGUGUGGAUGAAAAUAUCAUCAAACCAGAGCAGGAGUUUUUCACUGCGCCAUUUGAAAACGACCGUUUGUCAGACUUUUACAUACAGGACAAGGACAUUUUCUUCAAUCCAGCAACCAGGAGCCGGAUAGUUCACUUUAUUCUUUGCCGUGGGGAAUACGCUAUAAGAGACAACGUGAGAAAGUUUGGAAUCAAUAAGCUACUGGACUCUGGGAUCUACAAAGCAGCUUUUCCACUCCAUGAUUCAAGAUUCAACUACCAGUCACAGGAUCCCAACUGUCCAAAUGAACGGUACCUGCUCUACAGAGAAUGGGCUCAUCCUCGAAAUAUUUUCAAGUUACAGCCCUUAGAUCUUGUCAGGAAAUAUUACGGGGAGAAAAUUGGUAUCUAUUUUGCCUGGCUGGGGUUCUAUACUCAGAUGUUACUCCUGGCAGCAGUUGUUGGACUCGGGUGCUUUUUGUAUGGCUAUUUCAUGAAGGACAACUGCACUUGGAGCCAAGAAGUCUGUGACCCGAACAUAGGAGGCAAAAUCAUCAUGUGCCCCCAAUGCGAUCAAGAAUGUACAUACUGGAACCUCACAAUCACCUGUGAAUCGUCUAAGAAGCUGUGUAUCUUCGAUAGCUUCGGAACACUUGUGUUUGCAGUAUUUAUGGGAGUAUGGGUUACUUUGUUUCUGGAGUUUUGGAAAAGACGGCAGGCUGAGCUGGAAUAUGAAUGGGACACUGUUGAGUUCUUGGAGCAAGAAGAACAAAUACGUCCCGAAUAUGAAGCGAGAUGCUAUCGCGUCGUAGUGAAUGAAAUAACACAGCAAGAAGAGCAUAUUCCCUACACAGCUUGUGGAAAGUGCAUGAGGAUGACCUUCUGCACGAGUGCUGUCUUAUUCUGGAUCCUGCUCAUUAUUGCCUCGGUUAUUGGCAUAAUUGUUUACAGGCUCUCUGUUUUCCUGGUGUUUUCCGCAACGCUCCCAAGGCACAUCAAUGGCACUGAAGCCAUCCAGAAGUACUUGACUCCACAAGCAGCAACUUCAGUUUCUGCUUCCAUCAUAAGCUUCAUCAUCAUUAUGAUUCUGAACAUGAUCUAUGAGAAAGUAGCAAUCAUGAUUACUGACUUUGAACUACCAAGGACGCAGACCGAUUAUGAAAACAGCCUCACCAUGAAGAUGUUCUUAUUCCAAUUUGUCAACUAUUAUUCUUCCUGUUUCUACAUUGCAUUCUUUAAGGGUAAAUUUGUAGGUUACCCUGGCGACCCUGUUUAUUGGCUGGGGAAAUACAGAAAUGAAGAGUGUGAUCCAGGUGGAUGUCUCCUUGAACUUACAACACAACUGACAAUAAUAAUGGGAGGCAAAGCAAUCUGGAAUAAUAUACAAGAAGUGCUUCUUCCGUGGCUUAAGAACCUGAUUGGAAGAUUUUGUUCAGCUGCACGAUCUGAAAAAGUUGUCCCUCGCUGGGAACAGGACUACCACCUGCAACCCAUUGGCAAACUUGGAUUGUUUUAUGAGUAUCUUGAAAUGGUUAUACAGUUUGGAUUUGUCACUUUGUUUGUGGCCUCAUUCCCACUGGCUCCCCUUCUGGCACUUAUGAACAAUUUACUGGAAAUACGUAUAGAUGCCUGGAAGAUUACCACACAGUUCAGGCGCAUAGUUCCUCAGAAGGCUCAGGACAUAGGAGCAUGGCAGCCAAUCAUGCAAGGAAUAGCUCUCCUUGCUGUGGUGACCAAUGCAAUGAUAAUUGCUUUUACGUCCGAUAUGAUUCCACGCCUGGUGUAUUACUGGUCAUUUUCCAUUCCUCCCUAUGGAAGUCAGAGCACUUACACCAUGAAGGGGUACAUAAACAACACACUUUCCGUCUUUGCUGUGUCAGACUUCAGAAACGAAAGCAGGCCAGUCGCUCUUCCCGUGUUUGCCAACCAGACAACAUGCAGGUACCGGGAUUUCAGAUACCCCCCUGGGCAUGAACAUCAAUAUGAACACAAUAUCUAUUACUGGCAUGUUAUUGCUGCCAAACUCUCAUUCAUCAUUGUCAUGGAGCACGUCAUCUACUUCGUGAAAUUUGCUAUUUCACACAUAAUUCCGGAUGUGUCAAAGAAAACCAAAAGCAAAAUUAAACGGGAGAAAUAUCUAAUACAGACACUCCUGCAUGAGAAUCCUCUGAAAGCUAUGAAGAAAAAUAUGGGGAGCAUCGCCGACAAAAUAUUAAAAGGCGCAGGUGGCACUUUCCGACCUAAAACUGAAUAGAGACAUGACGGCCUGACAGUGCUUAACCAGUGUGGGCUUGCUUGUGGUGUGUGAAUCUUUCUACCAAAACAAAAAAACAAAGGGAUCGGACCAAAGACUUGGUAGAACGUAACUGCAAAGGAAGAAGUGAAUACUCGUAAACAGAAUGGACAAGUAUUUCAUCGUGGUUUUUGUUGGCUGUUACAAAGGGGCUGUCCUAAUCUAAACUUUUUUGGUGUGCCUUCCGGCUGUAUGCCAUUUGAAACCAAACCUCAGAAACCAAACCACUUGUCUUAAGAGUGACACGGCUUAUUCGGACCAGUUUUGAAUACUUUGUCUGCCUUGUCCAGCUUUAUCAAACUGGGUAGUAAUGGACACUGCGGCAAGGAGGGGAAACGGGGCUACAUACGCUGGCCUCAGCCUUGAGCCCCCUCCGUUCAAAUGUACAGCCUGCACAAAAUGAAUUAAAGCAAAAUGACAAUCCAAAGGUAAGGGGGGAAACCACUCUUGUGUUCCAUAAAGCCUUAAGAGGUAUGUAUACUGAAGGGAACUCACUAAUGGCCAAUCAGGAGUGGCCAGUGCAGUGGGGUAGGGACACGCCCCUGCUCCCCUGACAGCAGUGCUGCUCCUGCUGCUCAAUGGGGCAGUGCAGGGCUGGGGCUGGGUGGCAGUGAUGGGGAGGCAGCACAGGUGCAGCAGCAGAGCAAAUCCAGCAUCUCCUUCCUGCACAGGCCCCAACUGGCUGCUAUGCUGCCCCAUCCCAUUAAGGAGCAGCAGAACCACUGCUGUACGAGCAGCCGCAUGGCCUUGCUCCCCUGCACGGGCUGCUCCUGCAGUCAGCAUAAUAUGAAGGGAUUUGCAUCCCAGUCAGAGCCGUACCGCCACUGGCACCUCUGCAGGUUAGAAGAGCCACAGAAGAGUGGACGCUUCAGACCUGCCUGUGUUUUUGCUCUGUGCUCUCUAAUUUUCCACCUCUCAUUUCAACCUGAAUGUCUCUAGAAGUCUCUGGCAAGUAGUUCACAGUGCUAGCAGACAUUACUGUUUCGCUUCAUGGAUCUAUAGCCAUUCUUCUGUUUCACUGGAAUCCCAAGCUCAUGUUGAUUUCUGGAGAAUGUUUGAGUGUUCAGCUGCCAUCUUAAACUAUUGAGCUUCAAAAUGCAGAGUGGAAGAUCUUGCACUGGUUUGUAGUUCUGACUAUGGACAUGUCAGGCCUGAUCAAUGUAAUGCAUUACAAAAGGCACCAUCAAGAAAUAUUAGUAAAUGGGAUGGAGAAAGCCUUUUCAAUCAUUCAGAAUGUUGAACAAAUAUUCAAGUCCCAACUUCCAGACUAUGAGAGCAUUGUGUCUGUUGAUCCAUGGGUAUUUACACACACACACACACACACACACACA